AUGUCCGAACACAUGCCGGACUUGACAGUGAACGAGGCGGAGUACAUAGGAUUGCUACUGUGUUUCGAUCUCCUCUUGACUCAACCCAGGGGACGAGUCGUGAUCGGUGGUGACUCCAACUUGGUGAUCCGCCAGAUGAGAGGCAAGAUCGACUACAAGGCGCCACGCCUCCAACUGCGAUCUUGGCCAAAGCACGAAUUCCUGCACGUAAAGCGAGAUUGGAACCAAAGUGCCGACAAGCUCGCUAGCGCUGCAUUGCAGCGUGAAGAAAGCGACAUCGUGACAGUAGAAGAAGAACGGCAGGACCUGAUCACGCUGAACAGAUUGCACGAAAUACUGCAACCAAGGUCGGCCAGACCAGUAACUCACGUGAACGCGAUCACUCAAUCUGCGGUAAAUCGGACGCCACCACCGGCAGUGAUGGAGGAAUCGGUUGCACAAGACGAAGAGAAGUGGAUCGUAGACCUGAAGGCGUACCUGAACGGUGACCUGAACGAUCUGUCGAAGGAAGAAGCGAAGACGUGCUCGAAGAUCGCUGCAACGUAUGAGGUCGACGAAGACGGACGGUUGUUUUAUUGCCCGAGGGCCCUGCCACGAGACAAAGAUCGCGACGACGUCGUCAUAUUGGUGGGUUUCCUCCAUCAUUACCACACGAGCCUGGAAGGAGGCCAUCACAGUAUCGGGAGGACAUACCGUAGAACCCGGACGCACUUUCACUGGCAUAACCUGUAUCGAUGUGUCCAGCGCUACGUAGGAGAAUGCACAGACUGUGAGACAGGAAAAGGGAAACCGAUAGAUCAAGGAAGAUCGCCGGGGAAUGUGCAAGGCACGUCCCCGUUCCACGUCAUAUCCAUGGACCACCCGUCGCUACCGAAGUCCUUUAAGGGGAACACGGAGUUACUGUUUUGGGCUGAUCUGUUCACGGGAUACGUGGUCGUCAAAGCGGGAUCAUCGCUGGGAGCCCAGGCUGUGGCGGAAAACUACGAGGAAUGCAUCUUCAGACGGUUUGGCGCAAGCGAAGUUAUUAGGCAUGAUCGGGAGCCAGGAUUCAUGGCCGAUUUCUUCCGCUUGUUUAAUCGGGUCGUGAAGAUGAGACAGAGGUCAACCAUGGCCUACCGCCUAAAGGGUAAUGGAAAAGAGGAGCAAACGGUGCAAACGCUAACGAGAGCGCUGAAGAUUUAUGUUACCGACGUCAACCAACAGGACUGGGACGACUACGCCGAACGCUUGACGUUUGCUCUCAACACGGCGCAAGAUCGAACACAUCCGUUUAUCUGGUGCAUGGGUGGGACGCAAGAUCAACGCUGGAAACGACGCUCCCGAUUGGAUUCACAAGGCGGAAAGACAGCGAAGCCCGCCGGUGAAGGUAUCGUCUGCAAUCGCAAUAUCGACGGGCGAGAGAAGUGGUGA